AUGCUUACACAAGAUAUCAAUGAGUGGUCGAUCAUUGACCCUUUGCCCUCCUACGGUCGAGGAAGAGAUGCGGCUGCUGGGGGUAGAUACAGUAAUCUCAUCAUGGGAUAUAACCGAACCGAUGUGGUCAUAACAGGGAAUAAUGGAACUAUCGAUGGACAAGGUGAAACCUGGUGGAAAAUGUUCCGUAACAAAGAACUCAAUUACACUCGUGGAUACCUCAUUGAAUUGAUGUACUGCAAACAAGUGCUGAUUUCCAACAUUACAUUGGUUAACUCUCCAUCGUGGAAUGUCCAUCCAGUGUACAGCAGCCACGUAAUCGUCUCAGGCAUCACAAUUCUUGCACCGGUCAACUCUCCCAACACUGAUGGGAUCGAUCCAGACUCAUCCUCCAAUGUCCGCAUUGAGGACUGCUACAUAGUCUCAGGCGAUGACUGCAUCGCCAUUAAAAGCGGUUGGGAUGAGUACGAGAUUGCAUUCAACAUGUCAAGCAAACACAUAGUGAUCAGACGGCUCACCUGCAUCUCCCCCACGAGCGCUGUCAUCGCCCUGGGAAGCGAGAUGUCGGGAGGAAUCCAAGAUGUCCGGGCCGAAGACAUCACGGCCAUCCACUCCGAAUCCGGCGUCAGGAUCAAGACGACCAUCGGAAGGGGAGCUUACGUGAAGGACAUAUUCGUGAGAAGAAUGAAUCUGCACACAAUGAAGUGGGUCUUCUGGAUGACGGGCACCUACGGGCAGCACCCGGACGACAAAUUUGAUCCGAAAGCCAUUCCGGUGGUGCAGAAUAUCAGUUACAGCAACGUGGUGGCCGAGAACGUGACCAUGGCCGCGAAGCUGGAGGGGAUUCCCGGCGCGCCCUUCACCGGAAUAUGCAUCUACAAUGUGACGGCGGAGGUGGUGAAGUCGAAGAAGCCGAUUUGGAACUGCACCGACGUGGAGGGCGUAUCGAGUCACGUGACGCCCACUCCUUGUGCGCAGAUUCCGGAAUAUCCAGAUCGUAUAACGCAUUGCCCCUUCCCUGAAGAUGAUCUACCUGUGAAUGGUGUUGGGCUAGAGGAGUGUGCUUAUCAGAGAGCCAAACCAUGA